GUGGACUACUACUUUGGUGUCAUAUUACGAAAUUUUCACAAAGUUCUACAGACAUUGUUAGUUUAAAUAAAUGUUGAUCAAUUUGGUAAUGCACAAGAUAUUCAAUGUGUUUGGGGGUGUUUGAGUCUCAAUCACUGCGGCAAUAUUGCAAAGCAUCAUAUUCGACGCAGAAAUGUGGCAACUUUUGCAAAUGUCAAGCCUUCGAACAACUCAAAUACUGACAUUUCGUGCGCGCAAAAGUGACAAAAUCGGCAUCAACAAAAUUCGUGAUGGAGGAAAUGAGCCUGAAGCUAUGUCACAAUUUUACCAAGCUCCUAGUGAGAUGCCGGCUCGAAAUGGAGCACAAAUUUUCUGCGGGGAAACGUAAAAAGUCGGUAUUAUGGGCAAAAGUGGUCAACAAAAUGAAGUUGGUCAACACGGAUGUUCCGCAAUCAAAGGACCUUAUGCAAAGAAAGUUUUUAAAUUUAUUUGCGACAUACAAACGAAUAAAGAAACGAAAUGGGCAGACUGGGAGAGAGGCAACAAGCUGGGAGUUCUUUGAAGAGUUCGACGAGGUGUACGGUAGGCGGCAUUCCAUACAACCGCCAGCCAAAAACCUUCAAGGCUCCAUAGUGGAUAGCGCCGAAGUGCUACAAUUUGAAAAAGAAAAAUUGACUUUUGAAAAAGAAAAAAUAAACGUAAUGAUGAAGCUGCGGGAAACUUUAGAAAAGUUAACCGUAGUAAAAAAAAAGCAAUUUAAACAAUGUAAACCUUAUCUCUAAUUAUAAUUUUUUAUUACUGUUGUGACCUGUACUUGAAGUAGUUGAAAUGAAAUAAAA